AUGGCUGAAGAGAUGGAGCCGUCUUCCCCUCGCCGAGAGAGCCAGGAUCCAGAGAAGCGCUCUUCUCACUCCGACGAUGACCAACAGGACUUCCCAACCAAGGUCGAAUGGGCCGAUGAUGCUGAGAACCCGCAGAACUGGCCCUUCGCGAAGAGAUGUUUCCAUACCAUUGUCCCAACCCUCAUCGCAUUCGUGACCACCUUAGCCUCCUCCAUCUAUACCCCAGGCCGCUCCGAAGUGCAGGCUGAGUUCGGCGUCUCGUCGACAGUAGCCAUCCUUCCCUUCUCUUUCUACACCCUUGGGCUCGCCUUUGGUCCUCUCAUCGCAUCGCCAUGCAGCGAGAACUUCGGUCGUAGGGCAGUGUACUUUGUGUGUACGCCCAUCUUUGCGCUCUUCACGCUCGGUGCCGGCUUCUCACAGUCCAUCGCCAGCUUGACCGUGUGUCGCUUCUUCGCCGGCUGCUUUGGUAGCCCUGCCCUCAGUGUCGGCAAUGCCACCCUUUCCGAUGUCUGGGCUCCGCACGAACGUGCCAUCCCCAUGGCCAUCAUUGUCUGCGCCCCUUUCUUGGGUCCGACCUUGGGCCCUCUGAUCGGAGGCUUCGUAGCCGAAGGUAAAGGCUGGCGGUGGACGCAGUGGGUCAUCCUCUUCUUCACCGUCGCCUUCCUGACCCCCGCCUUCUUCAUGUCCGAGACAUACCGCAAGCAAAUCCUUGAACGACGUGCCAAGCGUGCUGAAGGCAACGGUCUGGAGCUGCGCCGUACCGAGACGGCGGCUUCACGCGCCUCGCGCGCCGCCAAAGGCACCCAAGUGCUGCUCAUGAACACCAUCGGCCGGCCCGUGCACAUGCUCGUAACAGAACCCAUCAUCGGUCUUUUCUCCCUCUAUGUCGCCUUCAUCUUCGCCAUGCAGUACGCCUUCUUUGCCGCCUUCCCUUGGGUCUUCAGCAACACGUACGGCUUUUCGCUCGGCGCCCAAGGCCUUACCUUCCUCGGCCUGGGCGUCGGUUGCUUGAUCGGCUUCAGUGCCAUCUGCGGCAGCAACGUGUGGAUCGACAAGCCGCGGGCGCAGCGGUGGCGCGAACGUCAGCGACAAGAGCAAGAGGUCCAACCCAGCCCGGGGAUGCUCGAGGCCGGCCCCAAGCCAAGGCGCACCUCGCCACCGCCAGAGUUUGCCCUUUCGAUCGCAUUCCCCGGCUCAGUCGUCCUGCCCGUCGCGCUCUUCAUGUUCGCCUGGACCGCGCGCCCAUCGGUUCAUUGGAUCGUGCCCAUCGUCGCCGAGACACUGUUCGGCGUCAGCAACCUGCUCAUAUUCAUGGCAUGUACCCUCUAUCUCAUGAACACGUACGGCCCUAUGUACGGCGCCAGCGCCAUGGCUGCCUGCAGCUUGUUGCGGUACAUCUUAGGCGCCGUGUUUCCGCUGUUCAUCUUGCAGAUGUACGAAGCGCUGGGGACCGGCUGGGCGACAAGUUUGCUGGGAUUCGUUAGCAUCGUGUUAGGCUUCGUUCCGUGGGGCUUUGUGAAAUGGGGUGAGAAGUUGAGGGGAAUGAGUAAGUACCCUUGUGAAGGUUGA